AUAAUGUGUCCUGUCUGCCUACAGCUCCCAGAGUGCACCAGCUGGAAGGGAAUGUGUGUGAGGUCACCUGGGAGACCAUUCCACCAAUGAGAGGCGACCGUGUCAACUACAUCCUGCAGGUGCUGGUUGGACGAGAGUCAGAGUACAAACAGGUGUUUAAAGGAGAAGAGAGUGCGUUCCAAAUCACUGGGCUCCAAGGCAACACCGACUACCGUUUCCGUGUGUGCGCCUGCCGCCGUUGCCAGGAUACCAACCAGGAACUCUGUGGCCCUCUAAGCCCCUCCUCCCUGUUCACCCUGCGUCGUCAGGAGCAACAGUGCCUGGGGGAGACAAGCGCCGUGGAGACGGUGAAAGGGGCGGGGAUAAUAUCCAGCGAUGAGCGCUUUGCGGCGGUCGUGGUGUGUGUGUUCGCCGGUGUCUCCAUCCUCAUGGCCUGUCUGCUACAAUACUUCUUCAUGAAGUGAGGGAAUGAAYCGGCAACAGGAUAGAAAAGAGAAAACAAAGCGAUAGCGAAAGAAAACGAGCAUCUGCGAAWGAAAGGAAAGAAAACAAACACUUGAGAGUCAAGUGYAGGAUAGAAAGAGAAAAAAACGAGAGAGGAAACAGACUUCAAACGAAACAGACUUGAGCUGUACUUCAGUUAUUCUACCACGGCGUUGUCCACGUAUCUCUUUCCUCUUCUCUCUCCUCUCUCUCUUUCACUCUCUCGCUCGCUCUCUGUUUCUCUUGUCAUUGUUAGUUUGGUCUCUCUAUCUUAUGUAAUGGAUGUAUUUGGAGGGAAGCUGUUCGUGGCCAAAACAAACUGAUAACCAAGCAUUAGCCAGCCAGGAGCCCAGCUCCUCAAUGACCUGCAUGACAUUAUUCUGUAUCUUUUUAAACCUAAUAGACAAAGUGUAUUUUUCUUUAUAUUUCUUUACAGUCAAUUCCUUACUUUACUGUGUCUGUGUCCUAUUUGCGCUGUUCGCUGCAGUUUUUUGUAGUUUUUUUCCAUUACGCCAUUUUGAAAUGUAGUUCUAAAGCUUUAGCCAUGUAUCCAUCAAUAUCUGUUACCUUGUCUAUUAUAGGCCAAAUCAUGCAAUCUUUACGCACAGAUACACACACAGACACAGACACACAGAAACAUACACACACAGGCACACAUGCAUAUGCACAGCGAGACAAACACACACACACACACAUGCACAGAGAGACAGAAACACACUCACUCAGAUGCCUUCUCUUCUGUCUUCUUUAUUCAGCUACCAAAGCGAUGCCAUUGUUAAAAAAUGCUGCUAUCCUGUUUCGUUAUAUCUAAGAAAGAAUGGAUUUAGUUACCUAAUAUAUACAAUCUAUAUCAAAUAUAUCUAAGAUAGAUCUACCUAUCUAUAUCUGUAGGGGCGAUGCUAUGAUGUAAUAUAAGAAUUGUAGAGGUCUGGAUGACAGAGAGAAAGAGAAGGAGGGUUCCAGGUAGAUGUUGCCUUUUAACCACAGAUCUAGGACCAACUUUCUCUCCCCUGAAGCUAACCUAAACGAUUAGGAGUGGGAAAUGCAAAGCUGACUUUAGAUCAGUUUAGGGUAAGGGUGUAAAACCAGGCUCCUGGAGGGCCACACACCUGGCCAUAUCUAGCCAAUCAGCAACACCAGUUGAUCAAUUUAGUUUGAGGUUGAUAAAAACAUGAUGACACUUUGACCUGUGAGAACUGGACCUGACACCCCUGGUCUAGGGAUAACCUGGUAUAUUCCACUGGGAGUGGUUUAGUGAAUUAUAAUAUGUAUUCUAGGUGCUCGACUGCAGAUCUGAGGUCAGUUCAGUAGCCAGUCCCCGCUGUCGAAUGUAGAGGUUACUGAAGUAACCUUUUAUCCGCCCCCCUCUCUACCCUCAUACCUAUUCAUACCCUUCUUCUUUUAUCCGCCCCCCACUCUACCCUCAUACCUAUUCAUACCCUUCUUCUUUUAUCCGCCCCCACUCUACCCUCAUACCUAUUCAUACCCUUCUUCUUUUAUCCGCCCCCACUCUACCCUCAUACCUAUUCAUACCCUUCUUUUCUCUGCCCCCUCUCUCUUUUUCUAUCCCUCCGCCAUUCUCAGUACGUCUCCCUCAUUCCUAACCUCCCUCUCUCCAUCUCUCUAAUUAAUGCUGUAAUCAUCCCUCUCUCUCUAAGCUGUGCUUCGCUCCUACUCGUCAGUUAGCAGAGCCUUUAACUGCUCCAACACCUUUGCCAAAGUCGACGGGAAAGUUACGCUACAAUUUCUCUAUUGGUUUCUAAACCUUUAUUUAUAUACAAUAGAAUAUUUGCAUACAGUACUUUACAAGCCAAUUACAGUGCAAUCUUUUCAGUUAUUUAUUGUUUAAAAAAUAAAAAUUAAGAGACAAAUGUAAGUGUAGUUAUAAAUGUACUAAUUCGUUUUUUCUCUCGUAGCAUGUUAUAUUGUUAUUAUGAUAAUUUUUCMGUUUUUUGUUUUUAUUGGAUGUGAUUUUAGAUGUUUGAUUUAAGGCCAGCAUUUCGUACUCUCAGUAGCCAAUUACAUAUCUCAUUUAUUCUCUUACAGUUGUUGGGAAAACCUGUAGUUGUUUCAUUAUUCUGUAUGUCGGUAUCAGUUUUUAACAUGUUAACCAAAUGUCUGCCCUUGUCAUCUCCUCUCUGACACACAGAACUGGCUCKUACCCRUARCCACGUGACCAUCACGUCAUAACACCAAUAAURAWAGCKUUAUAAUUGUUAUGGGUGUCGUGAUUUCACGGUUAUGACCAGCCUGUGUGGUUUUCUGUAUGCAUUAAGAGAUGUAGCAAACCGUUAGCCAGGUUAUAUUGGUAAAGAUUUUAGACCGCUGGAGCAAACACACAGUGUCUUCAGAAACGUUACCUUUUCUGAUAUUAAGGUUAUGUUGGCGUCUGUAUUAGGAUUUAAGCAGAAGGACGACGUACCGUACAACUCUGAGGGGGCACGGGUGGUUAAAUAAUGUACACUCUUAGAGAAAAGGGUUCCAAAAGGGUUCUUCGGCUGUCCCCAUAGGAGAACCCUUUUGGGUUCCACGUAGAACCCUCCAAUGGGGACAGUCGAAGAACCCUUUCAUGCUCGAGGUAGCACCUUUUUUUCCAGAGAGUUUAUGAAGGUACACUGAAGGUUAAAUAAGGUAUGAAGGUACUCUUUACAGUUACUGUAACCAGUGCUUGAAGAGGACGGCAGAAGGUGGCGGUACUGACUUUAAUUCUACCGUUUGAGCCGGUAUUCUGUAAGAGGUGCCAUUAUUCAGACAGUAUGACGAGACUUGAAGUCUCAGGUUAGCUCCACAUGGCUAAUGCCCUAGGCUUUAGUUCCAGGGGCUAACACAGUCUUGGGACACUGUACAGUGCCCCCUCAGUGUGAAGGUGCGUGGUGUCUCGGGGAGUCAGAACAAUAGUUGCCUUAAUUUGUCGUUUAUACUGCCUAAUGUUAUAGAUUAAGACGUGUUUGAUAUCAUAUCUGUUUGGAUUAUUUCUGCCAAAGUCGAGGCUUGUGUCAUGCCAUUUUACUUGUGUCAUGCCAUUUUACUUUGCGUGUGUGUGACACACACACACACACACACGUUCCUUUCAACAUUAUCUUCGUUCUAAAGGGUUCCUUGAUGUUCCCUCUGUGACCACACAGCAUUAUUAUUACUGUCACAUUAUUAUCCUCUCAAAAAGGAAAGACAUAACUUGAUCUGUGAUUUACGCCUCUUUCAUUUUUCAUUUUAGUAUUUUUAUGUUAAUUUUCGGGGGAAAGCUAAAUGUAUUAAAUGUUCCAUUGUUAAAUAUACUACCCCUUUAUUGAGUCUUAACACGCUGAUUUCACACUGAAAAAGGUCACAAGACUACAACAAUCAAAUCAGGAUUUCAGUCAGACCGAAGAGGAUGAUUAUGAUGAGGAAUACUUUUCCAAGCUUGUCGUCGUAUAAAGAGCCUUAGUGAUUAUUUUSUGUCCAGUAUUUUGCUUAGAAUUGAUAGUCAGUGCAGAGUUAUUAUACGUAUAGAUAUGUAGUWUUGAYGCUAAAAUUAGGUAARUAYAACUAACAGAGAUKAUAUGAAGCACUUUUAAAGCGGUAGACCCUUAGCCCACAGGAUAAUUAUCUAUCCUGUGAGAACCAUGAUGCUUUUCAUCAGACAGCUUCUUGUUUUGAUACCAGACACACAGCUGCCCGCCGGGCAMUCUGUUACAUUGGCAUUACAAUGUCGUCUGACAUUUUGACUACGUCAUUGUUGUGACGGAGUCGUCUGGUAUUGUUGUGUCAUUUGGUGUUGCUGUGUCAUACAGCGUUAUUACUCUGUCAUCUGACGUGACUUUGUCCUGUUCACCUGUCUCAGUUAGAAAGAAGACUGUUGAUAUGUCCUGUUGUGUUAAAUCUCCCCCAAGCCUUUUACAGCCAAAUCAUUCCCGAAGUUGUGUUAAAUCUCCCCCAAGCCUUUUACAGCCAAAUCAUUCCCGAAGUUGUGUUAAAUCUCCCCCAAGCCUUUUACAGCCAAAUCAUUCCUGAAGUUGUAUUAAAUCUCCCUCAAGCCUUUUACAGCCAAAUCAUUCCUGAAGUUGUAUUAAAUCUCCCCCAAGCCUUUUACAGCCAAAUCAUUCCUGAAGUUGUAUUAAAUCUCCCCCAAGCCUUUUACAGC